GGGUAGAGUUGCGUUGACAUGCGUAUAGCGCCUUUUAGCAUGCAUUGCCGUCAUGCUACAGUACCAUCGUCUUCCUUAUCUCCGUAAGUAUGUUUCUCCCCCUCUUCCCUCCUUUUUUUUCUUUCUUUCUUUUUCUUCCUUUCCCCCGAACAACCGCCAUACCGAAUCUUCCUCUGGCGGAACUGAAAUAGCCGGACAACACCAAACCACCACAAAAAGUAGCCACUUUGAACGCGAAAUAUCAGCACAACAACAACGUUUAAAUAUAUAUGUAUUAUAAUCAAAAUAAAG